UAUUUCUGUUUGCAAGAAUUGCGACUCAAUAAUCAAUAAAGGACUUCCCUCAAACUACAUCUAUUGCAGGCCACGAGCCUUUCCUUCAUCAACAUUGACACAUUUUUUAUACGACGAAGAUAAUUGUACGAUGUCGUUUUCUAGUCUAUACGCUCUUCGCAUGAUAUUUCUCUAAUAGUUUGGUAAAGGCGAGGCUUUGCUGAAUAAGUGUCAAAAGGUCAUAUUUACACUCCGUUUGCGCAGACAUGCGUGCUACCGUGGACCUUCUGGUUAUAUGGAUGGUGCAACUUCGGUAGGCAGCUAUAACAACUGACCUCUCUGGCUGUACCAAAACGUUCCAGUCGUAAUCCUCUAUGCUUGCGAACCUGUGUGAGAAACGCGGGGAGAAACGGUGGAAAAACUACGACAAGGUGAGGGUGCUUCUAUUUUCGGGAAUAGUCGACGAGAUAACUAUAAUCAAGGAUGUCGGAUACAAAACCCUUCCGGGUCAUCAUGUGGUGCGUACCACGUUCGAUAUCGACUGCAAUCGCCAAGUGUUUCAGUUUUGUCGAUAAUACAGAGGUAUGGUUCGAGCCUUACUGUCUAGCCUUCUUUCAAGACUUUAUGCUGAAAAAUAUGGGUGUACCUCUUCCAAGGAGUUAUGAUGACUUCAAACUAGAAGCAUUCUUCACUCAAAUGGGUGCCAUGUUGAAAGGUACUCCCAUGGAACAUCUCUUCACGCCAGAAAAGAUUGAUGGGUCACUUUUUAUACGCGAUGGCGUAACGCGACAGCUUGAUGAUCCAUCUGAAAAACCCAUCUUCAUCAAGGACAUGGCGUAUGGCAUCACGGGUUACCUGGAUCUCCUACCUAAGAAGGAGACCGGUUUCAAACACACGUUCCUGCUCCGCGAUCCUGAACGGAUGUUCCCAUCAUGGAGGAACCUGCUCAUGGCUCAGAUGGCUCAGAUGCCAACCCCUGGACAGAAGCCUAUCGAUCCUGAUACCUUUGACAUGACCACCGAUGUCCCCUUCAUGAUGCCUGGCUACACCUACAAGUGCCAGUAUGACCUCUGGAAACACGUCAAGGAGAACUUGGAUCCUAACCCUGUGGUCAUAGAUGUGGACGAACUCUUGUCCAAUCCUGCAGAGAUGCUUCCCAAGUACUUUGAAGCAUGCGGAAUGCCUUGGGACGCCAAGUAUCUCCAGUGGGAAGGUGCUCCAGACAUCGUUAAGAAAUGGCGGUGUCUAUUCCCUAUGUCUGGGACCAAAGCCGAUGAUAUUGUAGGUGUCACCCACAAGAAUGCCUUGGAGAGUUCCGCAUUCCGAGCAUCCAAACCCAAGAUUCCUCGAUCAGAGAUGACACCUGAUACAAUCAAAGCAAUAGAUGCCACAGUAGACUACUAUAAAGAAAUGGCAGAGACAAGGAUCAAAUUAUAAUUGAUAGUGCAUGAUGAAACGAAUACGUAUUUCUGAUCUGUAUGUAAUUAUGAUAGGUAAGGUCAUUAAGGUUGUAAUUUGGAAGCCAUAUUUAAUAACAUGUAUAAGUUAGGAACACACUGACUAGACUGUUUUGUUAAGAUGUUUAAACAAUGACACAAUAAGUACAUUUGACUGUAAUAUCCUCUCUUCUAAUAUGCAACAUACGUACAUGUAAAAUGGUAGCAUCCCAUCCCCGCAUGUGGAGGGGGCACUGGCACUCUAUAGGCCUCUGUAGAUCAAUUUAAUUUGAUGGUUUGGGGCAUGAAGAAUCUUGGAUGUAAUAAACAAUAUCAUCAUUUUUUUUGCUAGCCCCCUUUCUCUCUCUUUUGCUCUCUGCCCUUUCUCCCUCCAUCUCACCCCUCCCCCCCUCUCUCUCUCUCUCUCUCUUUCACCUCUCUCUCUAUUUGCCCUUUGUUUGCCAAAGACUGUAUGAGGAGAAGGGUCACACUCCCGACAUACCACCCAACUAACGCCACUGGCGGUAAUGCUUCUCAAACAAUACAACAGACACGUCUGACAUAUUUAUGAGCUGAGACAGUUGUUUUGUCCAAGUCAGCAUGACAAGGAAAUUUGAAAUGCUACAUUCAUAUUGGCAUUGAUCGAGUCUCUUAAAAGGUUUAUGAAUAUAUUUCCCAUACUUAAGUCAAUAAAAUAUCAUGAAUUUGAUUUUAUCAUGGAGCAGUUUAGUUAGUUUUAAAUUUUAUUUUAUUUUCAGAUCUCACUGCAUUUUAGAUAGGUGCUUUAACAAAGUUGUUGUAUAACUCGUUAUUGAUAUAUCUUUCAUUCGAAAAAUGAAGGCUUUUGCUCCAAAUAAUGAAAUGAUACCACUCACCUCACACAUAGAAUUGCUAAUGAUAUUUAUAUAUGUUUAUGUAUGUGUUUAUUGUUUGAUUUUUUUUAAAAUAAUUGUAUUCUAAUAUUUUAAUUUUAAGUAGGGGAUGAUCCCCGAUAAACCUCUGUGGUUUUUUAUCACCGCCUAUGCAGGCUAAUCUGUUGUUUUAAUGCUUUUAUAUUUGAUCGUAAAUUAUAUUGUCUUUUAUGAAUCUGUGGAAAUAAAUGAAAUUGAAAAUUGAAAUUGAAAUUGAAGUAUGCCAUAUUUCGUACAAUUAUCAUUAGGAAAUCAAAAUCGCAUUGCUAAUACAAACAGUAUAACAAAUAUAUAUUAAUGAUAAUAGUAUGUCACUUCAAGAAAGUGAUAUUUAUUUUACUGUAUGCUUUUUGCAAUUGAGUUGCUUUUUGGUGUCUAGGCAUUGACAAAAGGGUAUGAACUACGUUAGAUAUAAUUAUGGAAAAAGUCGCUUCUUAUAAAUUAUUUCCAAAAUGAACGUAAAAAUGAAAUAAAUCACAGCAAUGACUUGAUUACAA